UUUUUUCAGUAUCAUUAACUCUCAACUUCAAAAAUGCCGCAUCAACGUCUCGUUGCCGACUGUGUGGAUAUCAAACCCCUCACAGAGCACAUUCAUUUCCGUAAUGGCCGAGUUGCUUUGAACCGUCUCAUGAAGUCUCCAAUGUCGGAAAAGAUUUACAACUGGGAGGAUCCAAACGAGACAAAACGUGGAGUUCCAAACUCUGGCCUUGUCCACUUGUACGAGAAAUGGGGAUUCGGUGGAUUUGGUAUUGUUUUCACUGGAAAUCUCGUUAUUGAUCCAAGACAUCCAUACGAAGCUGGACAGGGAAUUGUUUCAAAGGAAAAUGAUACUCCAGUAAUGAGAGAUUGGUAUGCAAAGAUGGCGAGAGCAAUGAAGGCAAAUCAUGCACUGGCAAUUGCUCAACUUAAUCAUCCAGGAGCGUGGGCUUUCACUGAAUACACCGAUGGGAGUGGCAAAAAGCACAUCAUCAGUGAUGGAGCUCUUGAUAUUCUGAAUGCUCCGAAAAGCGUUGUGAAGUCUGAAUUGAUCGAUCGUGUUGUCUAUGCUGCAAAGCUUCUCUCAAACUGUGGAUUCGAUGGUAUCGAAAUUAAUACUGCAUUUGGCAAUCUCUUCUGUCAAUUUCUGCUCAACAACAACAAGAGAACUGAUGAAUAUGGUGGAGCCGUUCUAGUAACUCGUACUCAAUUCCACAUCGAUUUAUACAACGCCAUUAGAAGAGAAGUUCCAGCUGCCAGUGGUUUCCUAAUUGGCCUGAAGCUGAACUCUGCCGAUUACCAGAACACCUUCACCAACGAUGAAGUCGGUCGUCUUUGUGAGAUCUUCGACGAGACUGGUUACGACUUUGUUGAAUUGACUGGAGGUCAAAUGGAACAAUGUGUUGAAGAGGCUCAACAAAGAGCAAGCACUAUCGCGCGUGAAAAUUAUUUCCUUCAAUUUAUCGAGACUGCUGCAAGAUCAAUGAGAAAGACUGUUGUCUAUAUUACUGGAGGUUGGCAAACUGCAUCAGCGAUGGUCAAUGCUGUGAAGCUCAACGUUACACAAGGAAUAGGUUUUGCUCGAGCUGCUGCUGGUGAGCCAGAUUUGCCUCGUAAAUUGCUAAGUGGCGUAGCACAUUCCACUUUGGACAAUAAAUUCUCUCCAGCUGAUUACUUCACUUCCAAACAUGCUGCCCACUUUCAGAUGAAAACAAUGGCUGCACGAUCGAUAAAUGAUGUCGUCAGAUCCACGGACGGAGUUCCCGAUUUUACUGACGAGGAGGAAGCAAGCCAUUUUGCACAAAAAGCUGGUGAAUACAUGAAAUUCGUGGCUGCUGAUGGAAAGCCAGAUACAUUUGCAGAGGUCAUCAAAUACACACCACUUCAUUCCUAAAUUGUAUUUACGUGCUCAUUGAAAGAAUAAACUUGAUUUCACAGU